AUGCGUGCGCUCGCCAGCACAGUCUCUCUUCGCUCCUCUCAUGGCUAUAUUCUCGCGUCUUUCAUCGUUGUUUACCUGUUCCUGAUUCAGUAUUGUCGAACACAUUACUACCGUGAUCCAACAUCGGCCUUCUUUGACGAGGAUCGCGGAUUCACCCCUAUUUACUCCCGUUUCAGAGAGUCACAAGCAGCCAAUUUCGUUCACAAUGUUAAUGGGUCUUCCGCCAGUCCGGUCAAUCAGACACUGUCGCCCCAACCUACAAACAACAGCAGUGCUAGCAUCUGCGUAGGAAUUGCGUCGGCCUCCCGACAAGAAGCAAACUAUAUCGAAUCUGCUGUGGGCUCCCUCCUCGUCGACCUGACAGAGGAGGAGCGUAAGGACAUCCACUUGAUCUUGUUCAUCCCCCAUACUGACCCAACGUUGCAUCCGUCUUAUUCCAGCAGCUGGCUGCAUGCAGCAGCGGAUACCGUUUUACUGUAUAAUCUUCCCGAAGAACAAAUGAAGCAUAUCAACAAGCUGGAACAGGGAAAGGGGCGACCAAAGGAAAAGGCCUUGUUUGACUACAUGUACUUGCUUAAAGCCUGUCAAGAGGUAGAAUCUCCAUACGUCGUCAUGAUCGAAGACGAUGUAGUUGCAAUGGAUGGAUGGUAUCAUCGAACCCGUCAGGCGCUGGAUGAUGCAGAAUUGCAAACUGGCGAAAUUGGCGCUUCCCAGUAUCUUUACCUCCGGUUAUUUUACACCCAUAAAUUCCUCGGCUGGAACUCGGAAGAGACGUUUACUUAUUUUAUGGGCUCUCUUUUUGUCGUCGCAUCAGUGGGCGGCGCACUGCUGGCGACUCGUCACUUCGUGUAUCGGGCGUAUCGCUUUCUUCCGGACGACACAAUUGCUAUCAUCUGCUUCGUCUGCACUCCUCUCUCCAUAAUUUUGUUUUUUGCUGCCGGUCGGGCGUCCAUGCUCCCCAUAUCAGCCGGGGUCCAUCAAAUGCCUCGGUUUGGAUGCUGUACCCAAGCGCUCGCCUUUCCUCGAGACCGUGUCGCCGAUGUUAUUGAUUGGUAUGAGUCACAACAAACUGGGGAUGCAGACUCGCUGCUGGAGGAAUAUGCAAAUGAAAACAACGAAAUUAGAUGGGCCCUGACUCCCAGCCUGUUCCAACACAUCGGAACGCGAAGUUCCAAAUUCGAAAAUGGCGAGCCAAGGAUAGCUCGAUCCAUCUGGAACUACCAUUUUGAGUUGAACGAUCCCAUCGAAUUACAUAUCGAGCACGAGGCAGCGGUGUCAUCUUGA